ACUUUAAGCACAAAACAAACCAGAACUUACUCGUAGCUAUUAAUCAAAAAAAGAAAGGGACUAAUUUCUCAGAGCUAGAAACCACUAACAAAGAGCACAAAGAGAUCUAGUACCUACAACGGUGUGCUUUGAAUCCCUAAAAGGAUGCGAAAGGGAAGAAAAAGAAGAUAUGAAGGAAUUGGGAGAAGUAUUUUAUGGAAAAUCCUAGACUCUUGGAUAGCGUGAGCGUCCUUUCUUCUUUAAAAAGUCAGGUCCUUUCUUCUUUAAAAAGUCAGGAAUUUCCACUGAACCACCAUCAGCAAAAGAGGGACGUCGCCGGUUAAUUCCAGAGCCGAUGUCUCCUUGUGCUAGCUGACUAGCCUGCAUAUUGACAAAAACCCAGCAGAAUUGGAAAUGAGAGAGAGAGAGAGAGAGAGAGAGAGAGAGAAGCAAUACCUGGAGGGGCCUGCCUUCAUUUUCUUCUUGGCGUUUGAAUCCAGUAGCAAUUAGAGUUAUACUGACCUGAAUGAAGUACCAAAACCAGCAGCUCUCAUGAAAGAAUUAAGCAGGCUCAUGCUCUGGAACUCUGCAACCAUAGCCCAAGUUAUUCAAACCUACGCACAAACCAGACAGUUGAACAAAGGGAAGAAGCUCCACGGUCAGCUAAUAUGCGCCGGGUACCCACUAUGCACCUUCCUCACCAACCACCUCCUCAAUAUGUACUUCAAAUGUGGAUACCUCGAUCAUGCUCUCAAACUGUUCGAUACAAUGCCUCAGAGAAACAUAGUUUCUUGGACAGCGAUGAUCACUGGGUUUUCUCAGAACUUGAGGCUUCCAGAAGCGUUGGGAACAUUUUGCCAAAUGCAAAAUGCUGGGGAAAGCCCGACGCAAUUUGCAUUUUCGAGUGUUGUUCGAGCUUGUGCUUCUCUUGGGUGGAUUGAGAUUGGGAGGCAAAUGCAUUGUCUUGCUUUGAAAUGUGGGUUUGGUUAUGAAUUGUUUGUGGGUAGUAAUUUAGCGGAUAUGUAUUCAAAGUGCGGAGCGAUGGUUGAGGCUUGUAAAGUUUUCGAGGAGAUGCCAUGUAAGGAUGAGGUGUCGUGGACCGCUAUGAUUGAUGGGUAUGCAAAGAAUGGUGAUUUUGAGGCUGCUUUAUUAGCUUAUAAGAGGAUGAUCAAUGAUGGUUUUGUGAUUGAUCAGCAUGUUCUUUGUAGUACUUUAAGUGCUUGUGGGGCAGUUAAGUCUUGUAACUUUGGGAAGUUACUACAUUCGAGUGUUAUGAAGUUGGGAUUUGAAUUAAAGAUUGCCGUUGGGAAUGCCCUCACGGAUAUGUAUGCAAAAACAGGAGAUAUGGAAAGUGCUUCAAAUGUGUUUGGGACUGAAUCUGAGGGUAGAAGUGUUGUGUCUUGUACUUCUUUGAUUGAUGGGUAUGUUGAGAAGGAUCAGAUCGAUAAGGCAUUAUAUGUUUUUGCUGACUUGUGGAGGCAGGGAGUUGAACCUAAUGAGUACACUUUCUCUAGCUUGAUCAAGGCUUGUGCUAACCAGGCUGCACUUGAACAAGGAAUCCAACUCCAUGCUCAAGUGGUUAAAUUUAAUUUUGAUACUGACCCUUAUGUUUCUUCAGUUCUUGUUGACAUGUAUGGGAAAUGUGGCUUGCUUGAUGACUCAAUCAGGGUCUUUGAUGAGAUUGGAGACCCGACCAAAAUUGCAUGGAAUUCAUUGAUGAGCAUGUUUGCGCAGCAUGGUUUAGGAAAAGGUGCGAUAGGAACUUUUGAUAGGAUGAUCCAUGAAGGAGUGAAACCAGAUGCAAUAACAUUUGUUAGUCUUUUAACAGCGUGUAGCCAUGCUGGACUAGCAGAGGAAGGGUUAAAGUACUUCCAUUCCAUGGAUAAGACUUAUGGUAUAGUGCCUAGAGAAGAACAUUAUUCCUGUGUUAUUGAUUUACUUGGCCGAGCUGGAAAGCUUAAGAAAGCUGAAGAAUUUAUCAACAACAUGCCAAUUGAGCCAAAUGCUUUUGGAUGGUGUUCUUUUCUUGGGGCUUGCAGGAUCUAUGGUGACAAGGAGAGGGGCAAACUUGCAGCUGAGAAACUGAUGAACCUUGAUCCUGAAAAUAGUGGUGCACAUGUUUUGCUUUCCAAUAUUCUUGCAAAAGAAAGGCAAUGGGAAGACGUGAGGAAUAUAAGGAAUAUGAUGAGAGAUGGCAAUGUCAAGAAAUUACCAGGUUAUAGUUGGGUUGAUGCUGGAAACAAAACCCAUAUUUUCGGAGCUGAAGACUGGUCUCACCCUCAAAAGAAAGAAAUAUAUGAGAAGCUUGACAAUCUUUUUGAUCAGAUAAGAAAAGCUGGGUAUGUUCCUUAUACAGAUUCUAUUCCAUUUGAUAUGGAUGAUAGUAUGAAGGAGAAGCUUCUUCAUCAUCACAGUGAGAGGAUAGCUGUUGCAUUUGCACUAAUUAGCAUUCCAGCUGGGAAGCCAAUCAUUGUGAAGAAAAAUUUAAGGGUGUGUCUGGAUUGCCAUUCUGCAAUCAAGUACAUUUCCAAGGUGGUUGGGAGAAAGAUUAUUCUCAGGGAUAACAGCAGAUUUCACCAUUUUGCAGAGGGGUCAUGUUCCUGUGGAGAUUAUUGGUAAGGUUUCCUUGAGAAUUUUUGAAGUCAAUGCCCAGAAUACAUGAGUGGGUGAUCACGGCGGCAGAUUUCUGGGUAACUGCAGAGCUUCUCUGAUUGAUUGCAUGCCAUUUAAACUGGAGAACCCGUGCACAGAUGAUGAGCCAAAGUACUUGUUGGCAAUUGAUUUUUCUGAUAAUUAUUAGUUGAGCCAAUAGAUAGAGGUAGAAAUGUAGAUUAGAUGAAGGUCAUGGAGUAAAGAGGCUAAAGCUUCAAAAUCAAUGGAUAUAAAACACAAAUAACCAUCAGGUAGAACUUGGGUGGGAAGUUCCAACUUCCUUUUGCCCAUACUGUUAAGUCAUUUUCUUGUAUAUUAUCACUUUAAUUACCCCAAUAUAAAUUUUAUGCAUCCGUUUGGGCUGGCUCGAUAUCCAUUCUCUG